AUGCAGAGGUUUCUGACGCUGCUGAAGGAGAGCAAGAGCACCUGUAUACCUCCAGCAGAGCUGGUGAGCCUGGCGGGAAGGCUGAGCCAGGACCUCCAUGAUGACCUGGCCAAGGCAGAGCCCUUAGUGGAGGCUGUGCUGGGAAGCCCACGUCGUCUGUUCCUGCUUGACAGCGAGGAUGUGGUCCUGGUGUGCGUGCAUGUCCUGGCCCAGAAGGAGCAGUACCAGGUGGCCUGUCGUCUCCUGGAGGAUUGUAGAGUGCCAGGUGGCAGCUUGGAACUGGUGGAAGCCUGGAAUGACAUCCACUACCGGAUGACCAUGAGGAGGCUGGGCGUGGCUGCACUGAGCCCCUUACAGUCCUUCCUUUGCAGGAAGAGGAACCCUCCACCCCUCCACCUUUGUCCGGAGGCACUGGGGAUCCGAAGCUUUCCCAGGGCUGUUCAGCAGAAGCUGCAGAACUUUGCAUCAGGCGUCAGCACCUAUCCCAACAAGGCCCAGCGGGAGAUGUUGGCAUCAGAGACAAACCUGUCAGAGGAGCAGGUCUACAACUGGUUUUCAAAUUACCGCCGGAAACGAAGAAAAGCUCUUCUCCAGCACCAGAAGCUAGCCACAGGGAACACAACUGAAAAUCCUGAGGUCUCUGAGAGGGAACCAGACCCCCCACAUCCCUCAGAGGACAUUCAUGCUGACCCUCAGUGUGUGGACAGGCCUCAGUGUUUAG